AUGGCAGAGUCAGAACCUUUACUGCAAGAGAAAAUGGAGGUCCCUCAUUCAACUUUCACAUUAGCCAAACCGGAUCGGCGAGGUCGGAUAUUCCCGCAAGCCAUUGCGCAUCGAGGAUACAAAGCUGCGAAUCCAGAGAAUACCAUGGGCGCAUUUAGAGGUGCUGUUGAAGUAGGAGCGCAUGCGAUAGAAACCGACUUGCACAUCACCAAGGACGGAGUUUUGGUUAUUUCACAUGUGUGUUGUAACCUUAAGAAGUACAUUCCCGGCGAGAACGAUGGCUGA